UUCCUUUUAUAUAUAGUGCUUUUUAAAAGGCAACCUUAAAAUUGCUUUAAAUACCGAAGUUUAUGUUGGAGGCAAGAAAAAGCCAUAAAACCUAGAGAUACAUUGUAAACAGAUUCCAGUAAUCAUCAUUAUGAUGAAACAGAACAGCAUACAUCUGUCUGUGAAAACCAACCAAAAAUUGUGCUUUUAAUAAAUAAUCUCGCAACAGGAAAAAGGACAAAAUCUUUAAACUAACUACUACAAUACAAAAGUUCCCUUAGCUACUGAAAAAAAGGGGAUUUUUUGUGGCAUCAGUGUUUGGCAUGUGAGUUUUCUGAUUGUAAAUCUUGGAAGAAGAUGAUGAUGAACAGCAGGGAUGAAUCUGAUAAUGCAAGCACAGCAACAUCAUCGUCUCUUACAUCUCCAAAACUGCCAGUUUACUAUGUACAGAGCCCAUCACGUGAUUCCCACGAUGAUGCUGAUAAGUCAUCGUCCUCCAUGCAAAAUACUCCUGCGUAUCACAGCCCCAUUGAUUCCCCUUCUUAUUCAUCUAGGGACUCUUCCUCUAGCCGCCUUUCGGGGAAUUGGCGAUGGGCCAGGGGUUACAAUCGUAGAAGAAGUGGGAAAGGGUGGCAAGAAUGUGCUGUGAUUGAAGAGGAUCUUGAUUAUGAUCAUAUGAAUCAACCCUAUUCAAGACGCUGCCUAUUUUUGAUUGCUCUCAUGGCUUUUGGAGCUUUUUUUGCUUUCUUUUGCUUCAUUUUGUGGGGAGCUAGUAGACCUUACCAACCUCACAUCACUAUGAAGGCCUUCAGGGUACAUAACUUCUAUUUUGGACAAGGGUCAGACCGCACAGGUGUUCCGACCAAGUUGCUUACAGUUAACUGUUCUGUGACCAUGGUCAUACAUAACCCUGCUACAUUUUUUGGAAUUCAUGUCAGCUCCAACCCUGUCAAUCUUUUCUUUUCAGAAAUCACAGUUGCAACUGGCCAGUUGGACGAAUAUUAUCAACCAAAAAAGAGCCAGCGCAGUAUGUCUGUGAACCUGGAUGGGUGUAGAGUCCCCCUAUAUGGAGCUGGGAUAGCCUUAGUAAAAUCAGAUGGCAGUGACGGGGUUCCAUUGAAAUUAGACUUUGAAAUCCUGUCAAAAGGUUAUUUAGUUGGCAAGCUGGUGAAGACAAAGCAUCGGAAACACAUCUCUUGUUCCUUGCUCAUCAGCUCAAAAAGCACAAAGGAAAUAAAAUUCAAGCAGGAUUCCUGUGCAUUCGAUUGAGAUUGCAACAUCCAGUCCAUUCUCCAAGAUAUAGUUACCAAGUUGCUAGAUACUGCGUAAUAGGACAAUGUUGGUUCUUUUCUUCUGAUAUAUCCUUGUCAAUUGUUUCAGAAUAAUUUUUUACAGCUUGAAGCAAGAGGAUAUGGGUAAAUUGGUACAGAGUCCUUCCUAAGGUGCAGGAACUCUGAAAAGUUAGUGAGCAUGGUGACAAGCUACUCCACAGCAGUUGUUUUGCAAUUGUGAACCUGGGUUGCCAAAUCUGUGGCCAAUAAAGCAACAUGAAUCUUGGAUCAGGAUUUGGAGGUUCUGGGCGCCACACUGCUUUGAACAGGGGCAUGGCGUAUGUAGGAUUUUGCGCUGAGUGUUGUUAAUAUCACAUAAGAGAUCAAUAAAUGAUAUAUUUAUCAUCAAUUAUUUAGACAAGGAGAGCCAUUGUUUGAUUGUUUAGUGGAGUGUUAAGAUAGAAGAGUUCUAGAGUUUAAUUCUACUUAUCC